GCCAACUCAUAAUAGAGAAGCUAUCCUAGUUUCUAGCUGUUCAUUAUCUUGCAGCAUCAAGUAACUUCUCUCUUCUCUUUUUAUUUUCUCUAUAAGAUGUGAUCUGUACGUGCGAAUGAGCCUAAAUAGUACGGAUAUUUUUUAUGAACAAAAUAACAAAUAUAGAACUCUCCAUAGCAUUCCAAUAAUACCCUUUUCACCCUUUUGAAAUAUCUCCCAACACUACUUCUUCCACUGUUUCUUCUCUUCUUCUUCACACUCACAUUUCUGUCUUAUACUUGUGUUAAAAACUACCUGAAAACAUGAGUAAACAAGACAUGAUGAAAAUUCAGAAUUGUCUUCUCAAGGUUAAUAUCCACUGUGAUGGCUGUGAGCAGAAAGUUAAGAAACUACUUCAGAAAAUUGAUGGGGUGUAUUCUGUGAAUAUAGAUGCAGAACAAGGAAAGGUUAUGGUGUCAGGUGAUGUAGAUCCAGCAAAACUCAUAAAAAAGCUGAAAGGUUCAGGGAAACAUGCUGAACUAUGGGGUGGUCAGAGAGGCAUGAUGUUCAACAAUCAUCAACAAAACUUUCAACAACCUCAGUUUAAGAACUUGCAAAUUGAUAAUAACACCAAAGGGGGUAAGAAUAGCAACAAGUCUCAGAAUCUAAAGGGUCAGAAAGAUGGUGGUGUUGGUCAAGUAGCACAGUUUCAAAAUCCCAAAGGGGGAAAAGAUCUCAAAGUGCCUAGUAAAUCUGUCAAAUUUGACUUGUCUGAGGACGACUUUGAUGAGAGUGAUGGUGAUUUUGACGACUAUGAUGAUGAAGAUGAUUUUGAUGAUGAUGAUGAUGAAGAUGAUGAUAUUGGUCAUGGCCAUGGUAACAAUGGAUUUGGGCAUCCUAUGCAUAAUAAUAACAAGAUGAUGGCUAUGAUGGGGAAUGGUCGUGGGCCACAACUUGGGCCUAGUGGUAUGAUGAAUGGGCCUGCUAAAGGUAAUGGUUUUGGUGGUGGGGGUGGUAAUAAUUAUGCAAAUGCCAAAAAAGGUGAUGUCAUAGAUCUACCAAUGAUGCAAAUGAAGGGUAAAGGUGGAAAUUACAAUGAGGGUAAAAAUGGAAAGAAAGGAGGGGGUGAAGAUGGCGGUAAAAAGAACAAAGGUGGAAAGCAAAAGGGUGGUGGUGGUAAUGAUUUGGGGGGUGAUAAUAAGAAAAAGAAUGGUAAAGCCAAAAAUGGUGGUGGCGGCGGUGGUUUUCUAGUUAGGUUUCUAGGGUUUGGAAAAAAGAGCAAGAAGGGAGGUUCCACCGACACAACAAACAAGAACAAAAACAAUGGAGGUGCAAACAACAUCAACAAGAACAACAAGGGAAAAGAUGGUAAGAAAAGUGGAUCAGGUGGAAAAUUGGAUAAAGUUGAAUUUGAUUUCCAAGAUUUUGAUGUUACUACUCAUGGUAAAAAUGGUAAAGGUGGAAAAGUUACUGGUGGCAAGGGUAAUAAUAAUGGUUAUGGUCAUGGUAAUAAUAAUGUUAAUGUGGGCCAGAUGGGUGCUAUGAAUCAGAUGGGCCAAAUGGGUUCAAUGAAUCGGAUGGGUCCAAUGGGCCAGAUGGGUUCAAUGGACCAAAUGAGGAAUAUUGCGGCAGUGCAAGGGCUACCUGCCGGGGCUUCUGCGGCCGCGAUGAACGGGGGUUAUUAUCAAGGUAUGCAGAUGCAACCAAAUCCUUAUCAACAACAACAGCAGCAACAGCAGCAACAACAAUACAUGGCUAUGAUGAUGAACCAACAACAACAGCAGCAGCAGCUACAACAACAACAAGCAAAUAUGAACAUGUAUCCACCACAUAUGAUGUAUGGUAGGCCACAUCCAUCAAUGAACUAUAUGCCACCACCACCAAUGCCAUCACACCCUAUGGCUGAUCCUAUCACUCAUGUUUUCAGUGAUGAGAACACUGAGAGUUGCAGCAUCAUGUAAAUUAAUUGUUAGUGUCUAGUUUGUUUUUCAGUUUCUAUUAUUUUGUCUUUUUUUUUUGGACCAUUAAAUUUUGUUGCAGUGUUAGGAAAAUGUGCAAGAUUUAAGGAUUAUCUGAUAUUAUAUCAUAUGCCGUUUGUUUGCUAUGUCUA